AACUUCACUCCGACAACCAUCACAGUGAUAUUUUAUAUGGGCCAGCCGUGCUAUUGCACUUUCUCGAAGCAUUUACAUUUCAACAAAAUAAUCGUGUAUCAGUGGAAUAAGCAGUCGUCACAACUUAAUUCGACGUCACGAUGAGAACAAUAAUUAUCGCGGUGGCUGUGAUGAGCAUUGCCCAUGCCCAGGAUCUCUAUUUUCGCGAGCCCGAGAAGGUGAAGAGUGAAUCGAAAAAUUUUAGCGAAACUCUCGGCACUUAUGCCGUCGCCUACGAGACUGAGGGCGGAAUUUUGCAACAGGAGAUUGGAUCCAGGAAGUAUGCGGGCACUCCUGAUGAGGCGCAAUUGAUCCAAGGAUCUGUUCAGUACAAUGCACCUGAUGGCACGCCGAUUUCGUUGAGCUGGACUGCUGAUGAGUACGGAACUCAAGUGUCCGGCGCCCAUUUGCCAACACCACCGCCAAUUCCACUGGCAAUUCAGAGGGCACUCGAGUGGAUAGCGAAACAGCCAUCGACUGAGGAACCAGAUUAUGAUAAUGGAGAAGUCCGCCCUGCUGACGUCAAGUCGAAUCCACCUAAAGCGAGUAUUCCUAAGGAUCCCAAGUACAGGAGUCAGAAGAAGUUCUAAUUUAUUUAUCGAUUUUUUUCCAUGUUUUUUUCGUAAUUAAAUAAAUGCGUGCGACAAUUUUCCACGGA